AUGGAGCACGAUUCAGUGUUCUUGUACACAGUUUUGGCAGUAGGGAUUUUAACCCUUAUUAGUGUGCUAAAGAGAGCAAAUGGCUGGUAUUAUUCAUUCAAAUUUAGUUCAAAGGAAUAUCAAGUGCCUCCAGGUGACAUGGGCUGGCCAUUCAUUGGCAACAUGCUUUUCUUCUUCCGAAGUUUCAAAUUAGGUGGUGAUCUUGGCACAUUUAUAUCUUACUUUGUUACUAGGUUCGGGGCAGGAGGGAUGUACAAGUCAUUUAUGUUCGGAAAGCCUAGCGUCAUCAUCACAACGCCUGAAAUAGUAAGGAAAGUGUUGAUGGAUGACGACAGUUUCGACCUUGGAUUUCCUCAAUAUCUAAAGGACCUACUAGGACAAGAACCAGCUGGUGGAAUAACAAUCCAAGAAGACAGGCUUAUUCGUCGAUUAACAGCUCCAAUAAAAAACCAUGUAGUUAUAUACAUAUUUCAUAAUUGA